CCUGACUUGACUUCUUUUUAACUCAAAACCAACCCAUGACUUCCCAACUCACAGUUUGGUGUAGUACCUCUUUCUGUUUUAUUUCAUACCAUCCUUCUAAUUUCUUGCAUAUUCUUUCAUUUCUCACACUCAACCCUUUAAUACAAACUCUUACCCCUUUCUUCCUUUUGCUCUCUAUCUCCCCUCCUUUCUUGACAUCGGCAUCAGCAUCGACAUUGGUUUUGGUCUUGGCCUGUCUCCAAAGAUAUGGCCGGCUUGGUCACUGGUUCCCAACACUAUCCCCACGUUGCCGAUGAGAGUUUUUGUGGACCUCCACUAUCCUCGAAAACAUGUCGAGUUUGCAGUGAUGAAAUAGGACUUAAAGAGGAUGGAAAAGUAUUUGUUGCAUGUCUUGUGUGCAAUUUCCCUGUUUGCCGCCCUUGUUAUGAGUAUGAAAGGAGCGAAGGCAACAAGUGUUGUCCCCAGUGCAACACUCGCUACAAACGUCACAAAGGCUCAUCCAGAGUGAUUGGCGACGACGAAGAAGGUGACGAUGCAGAUGAUUUUGAUGACGAAUUCCCCAUUAAACACCACAACAAUGACGAAUUUCAAACAAAACAGCCUAAUCAUUCGGAAAACACUGGCUACAACGAACAGAAUUGGCAAAGAAAUGCACAGAAUUCGUUCUCAGUUGCCGGAAGUGUGAAUGGGAAAGAUAUGGAUGGGGAGAAGGAAGGUUAUGGAAGUGCAGAAUGGAAGGAGAGAAUUGAUAAAUGGAAAGUGAGGCAAGAGAAGAGAGGUUUGGGGAACAAAGAGGAUGGAAGUAACAAUGAUCAAGAAGAAGAUGACUACUUAUUGGCAGAAGCCCGGCAGCCGCUAUGGCGGAAACUUCCGAUAUCGUCAAGCAAAAUCAGUCCAUAUCGUAUAGUCAUAGUCCUCCGCCUCGUAAUUCUUGCGUUCUUCUUCCGCUUCCGAAUCCUUACUCCGGCGUACGACGCCUUCCCCUUGUGGCUGAUCUCCGUCAUCUGUGAAAUCUGGUUCGGCUUCUCCUGGAUUCUCGAUCAGUUCCCCAAAUGGGCUCCAAUCAACCGCGAAACCUACCUCGACCGCCUUUCCAUGCGGUUCGAGCGCGACGGCGAGCCAAACCGCCUCGCACCGAUCGACUUCUUCGUCAGCACGGUGGAUCCUCUGAAAGAACCACCGAUCAUAACCGCCAACACCGUCCUCUCCAUCCUCUCGGUCGACUAUCCGGUGGAUAAGGUGAGCUGCUACGUGUCGGACGAUGGAGCGUCGAUGCUGCUGUUCGACACGCUGGCGGAGACUGCGGAGUUUGCUCGGAGAUGGGUGCCGUUUUGCAAGAAGUUCAGUGUCGAACCUAGGGCUCCGGAGUUUUACUUCUCACAGAAGAUGGAUUACUUGAAGGAUAAGGUGUUGCCUAGCUUUGUGAAGGAGAGGAGGGCAAUGAAGAGGGAAUACGAAGAGUUCAAGGUGAGGAUCAAUGCGUUGGUGGCGAAGGCUCAGAAGAAACCAGAAGAGGGAUGGGUUAUGCAAGAUGGGACUCCAUGGCCUGGAAACCUUACCCGUGAUCAUCCUGGCAUGAUACAGGUGUAUCUUGGAAGUGAAGGUGCACUUGAUGUCGAAGGUAAAGAGUUGCCUCGUCUUGUAUAUGUUUCUCGUGAGAAACGCCCUGGAUAUCAACACCACAAGAAAGCUGGUGCUAUGAAUGCUCUUGUUCGAGUCUCUGCAGUCCUCACAAAUGCACCAUUCAUCUUAAAUCUGGAUUGUGAUCACUACGUCAACAAUAGCAAAGCUGUAAGGGAAGCCAUGUGCUUUCUAAUGGACCCUCAGCUUGGAAAGAAACUUUGCUAUGUUCAGUUUCCUCAAAGAUUUGAUGGUAUUGAUCGUCAUGACAGAUAUGCUAAUCGGAAUAUUGUGUUCUUUGAUAUCAACAUGCGAGGACUAGAUGGAAUCCAAGGCCCAGUUUAUGUUGGCACAGGAUGUGUCUUCAACAGGCAGGCUUUAUAUGGAUAUGAACCACCAGUCUCCGAGAAAAGGCCAAAGAUGACAUGCGAUUGCUGGCCUUCCUGGUGUUGCUGCUGCUGCGGUGGUUCGAGGAAAUCGAAGUCCAAGAGGAAAGGAGAAAGAGGUUUGCUUGGAGGCCUGUUCAAGAAGAAGAAAAUGAUGGGGAAGAGUUAUGUAAGGAAAGCGCCUGGACCAGUUUUUGAUCUUGAAGAGAUUGAAGAAGGGUUUGAAGGUUAUGAUGAGUUGGAGAAGUCAUCACUCAUGUCGCAAAAGAAUUUUGAGAAAAGAUUCGGACAGUCACCAGUUUUCAUUGCGUCCACCCUUAAGGAAGAUGGAGGUCUUCCAGAAGGGACUAACAGCACAUCACUCGUUAAAGAAGCCAUCCAUGUGAUAAGCUGUGGUUAUGAAGAGAAAACAGAAUGGGGAAAAGAGAUAGGUUGGAUUUAUGGUUCUGUCACUGAGGAUAUUUUGACUGGAUUCAAGAUGCAUUGUAGAGGAUGGAAGUCAGUGUACUGCAUGCCCCAGAGACCAGCUUUCAAGGGAUCGGCCCCAAUAAAUCUUUCGGAUCGUUUGCACCAAGUUUUGCGAUGGGCUUUAGGUUCUGUUGAAAUCUUCCUCAGCCGACACUGCCCGCUGUGGUAUGCUUAUGGAGGAAAGCUAAAAUGGCUUGAGAGGCUUGCCUACAUCAACACUAUUGUUUACCCUUUUACUUCCAUUCCAUUGCUUGCUUACUGCACAAUCCCUGCUGUCUGUCUUCUCACUGGAAAAUUCAUUAUCCCCACUUUGACGAACUUGGCUAGCGUCUGGUUCAUGGCCUUGUUUAUUUCCAUCAUUGCGACGGCCGUGCUGGAGCUUCGAUGGAGUGAAGUGAGUAUUGAAGACUUGUGGCGUAAUGAGCAAUUCUGGGUGAUUGGUGGUGUAUCUGCACAUCUUUUUGCAGUGUUCCAAGGCCUUCUCAAGGUCCUUGGUGGAGUAGACACGAACUUCACAGUUACAGCAAAAGCUGCUGAAGACACCGAGUUUGGAGAGCUCUAUCUUUUCAAGUGGACAACCCUCCUUAUCCCGCCGACCACUCUCAUAAUCUUGAACAUGGUGGGAGUGGUUGCUGGAGUUUCAGAUGCAAUCAACAAUGGCUAUGGUUCAUGGGGUCCUCUAUUUGGAAAGCUGUUUUUUGCUUUCUGGGUCAUUGUUCAUCUCUAUCCUUUCCUCAAGGGUCUGAUGGGAAAACAAAACAGGACCCCCACCAUUGUCGUCCUUUGGUCCGUGCUUCUCGCUUCUAUAUUUUCACUGGUUUGGGUGCGAAUCGAUCCCUUCCUGCCCAAGCAAACUGGUCCUGUCCUCAAACAAUGUGGAGUUGAUUGCUAGACAUGCUCUGUGAUGCUCCCCUUUUCACUUCGUUUUGUUGGGUUGCCUCAUUCGUGUUCAAAUGUUUGAAGUUGUGAGAUAUCUCUGUAGCCUUUUGUUGUUUGAAUGAAUAUACAAGAACAUAAUGAACUUCACUUUCAGCAGUA